GUUGUCUUACAUCGACUCUUUCAGCCCGUGCCCCGUAAAGAUUCGAGCCACCACUUGACAGGCUCACAUCCUUAUCCUGGUAUCCACCCUGUGCCUGAAACAGAAGUCUACUAAAUAAAAGUCCGACUGCGCUUCGCGGCCUGACCUGUAUUUAUUCUCCCAUCAAUUUCCUUCCUCUUUGUUGACUGUUCACCGACCAUCUCGACACUGUCCUACGUCCAUUCUCACCCAUCCUCCAUCACCCACAACAUGUCUGUCCAUAACAUCGUCGUUAUUGGCGCCUCUUUCGGUGGCAUUACUGUUGCCCAGGGGCUCCUCAAGACCGUCAUCCCUCAAUUGUCCACUGGCAAGCAAUACAAGAUCAUCCAGAUCGCACCCAAUGACGAGUUCUUCUGGAAGAUCGCUGCCCCUCGAGUCAUUGUCAACCCAGACGCCCUACCCUUGAGCAAGGCCUUACUACCCAUCGAGCCUCAUUUCAAGAACUACAAGCCCGAGCAGUACGAGUUCAUCAAGGCCUAUGUCACCUCAAUCGACCCUUCGAGCAAGACUGUCCACACUAGCACUUCUGCAGCAAUCCAGUACGACUCCCUUGUCAUUGCAUCCGGCACAAACUUUGAGUCGCCUCUCUGGACCGUCGCAGACGGCUCGGAGGCUUUGAAAGCCGCGCUUAAGGAGGUUCAUGAGAAACUACCCACCGCACAAACAAUUCUCGUGGCUGGCGGUGGUGCUGCUGGCGUCGAAACUUCUGGCGAACUCGGUGAGCUAUAUGGAAAGAAAAAGGACAUUACAAUACUAUCUGGCAGCACCUCUCUUCUGCCUAGACUCCAAAACAAGAAGGUCGGACAGGAUGCGCAGAGCCGGCUUGAGAAGAUGGGCGUCAAGGUCAUCAACGACAAACUCAGGGUCGUUUCUCACACCAAAGAGGGCGGCAAAGAAGUCCUGAAACUCAGCAAUGGGGAGACCAGGACAGUGGAUAUCUUCAUUGAUGGCACAGGAGACAAGCCCAACAGCAAAUUCAUCCCUCAGGAGUGGCUGGAUGACAAGCAAAGAGUCAAGACGGACGCACACACACUCCGCUUGGAUGUCCCUGGUGUCACCGGUGUGUACUGCAUCGGGGCAGUUGGUAAUUACUCGGACGGUUCUGUGAUGGACAUCAAGUUCGCCAAACCGGCUAUCGUAGAGUCGAUCAGGUCGGAUCUCACAGGACAAGCUCCGGGCCCGCGCACGAAGAACAUCUACAAGAAGUUCCAGAGCGACAUGCAGAUCGUCCCAGUCGGUUCACAGGGAGGUGUCGGCGUCCUCUUUGGCUGGAAAGCCCCCAGCUUCAUUGUGAAAAUGGCCAAGGCCAAGGACUUCAUGAUCGGAGAGGCUGUCAAGCUCGUUGAUGGCACUGCUUAACCAGUCGGUUGUGCAAUGUGUGAAGCAUUUUUGUCCUUUUCGUACCUGAGAGAUACCCAGUCUUACCUGCGCUUGUGGUGAGGCAUUCUUAUGGCGGAGGAUUUAGCGUCGGUGGCAUUGGCAUAGACACAAAGUUUUAAUGGUUCGUGAGAAUACAAAUCAGCUAUUCAUACAAAUCGCAGCCUUGUCGGAAUAAC